AUGAGGCGAAAGGAGGAGGUAGAGGUCUCAGCGCAUCACCCCGCCGGUGUUCCGGGGGCGACAGGGGAGGUGGAUAAGGGCCACACCCACGCUAUCUGCUCGCGCAGGGCUCGGGGAUCCAACUGGACGCCGCGGUUCUGUGGCGCGUUCCCUCCCACCCCUCUCCAGGCCGAGCGCUUUCAGCCCGCUGCCUCCGCCCCCAAGCUUUUUGGCCUCUCCGACUCCCCGUCCAUUCUAGUCUCGCGGCCGCCCCAGCCGGUAGAAGGCGGUUCUCUGAAGCUGGAGAUUAACUGGUUCGAUGCCGGGUUGGAGGGAGCGGCCGUUUCCCGCACGGCCCUCCCUUCAGGGCUGGAGCGGCGAGAGCUGAAUCCUGGUCAGCAUUCUCCAGCUCGAGCUUCCCAGGCCCCACCUAGGGGGUCCCUGGGUACCACGCUCUCGGGAGACAGCGCCCUACGCUGGCAAAACCCGUGGACCCCCGUGCCCGCACUCCCGCUCCGGGAUUCCUUACAGCUUCCCGAGUCUCAAGUUUGCCUUCCCUCUUUUCCUCCCAAUGUAAACCUCGGCUUCUACGUGUCCUGGUCCCACACCCCUAUCCCCACCCCACGGCUCUGAGCGGGCCCCCAUCUGUUCAGAUAGGGAACUGAGUCCCAGGAAGACUCCCUAUUCGGCCUAGUUCUGUAUCUCCACACCCUUAAAACACAAAUACAAACAAGGACAUCUUUUUUUUUUUUAAAUAAAUUUAUUCACAAAAAAAGUGAGACUGUAGAGGGUCUGGGGGCUGUACACGGGCGGGGGCCUGUGGAGCUCUGUACACGGGACUGGGAGACAAGGGAGCCUCCAGGUGAAAGGGUAUUUUUUAAUAAAAAAAAUAACGGGAGGUACAACCACCCCCUCCCCCCUCCCCGAUUAAAAAGACACAAAAAUAGACGUCUCUGAGGUAAAUGGGGAGCCUGGGGGCUUAAGGGUGUUGAAAGGGUUUCACAGGCACCGGGGUGGCUCCUGCAUCAGUUGGUAAAACAGCACG